UAUAUAUAUAUAUAUAUAUAUAUAUACACACACACAAAUAUAGAAGAUUAAUGGGGAGGAAACCAUGUUGUGAUAAGGUGGGGCUAAAGAAGGGGCCAUGGACUGAGGAGGAGGAUAAGAAGCUGGUCGAGUUCAUCCUCAGCAACAAUGGCCACUGCUGCUGGAGGGCUGUGCCCAAACUUGCAGGACUGCUGCGGUGCGGGAAGAGUUGCAGGUUGAGAUGGACAAACUAUCUGAGGCCUGAUCUGAAGAGGGGUUUGCUGUCAGAGUCUGAGGAGAAUUUGGUCAUUGAUCUCCAUGCCCAGCUUGGGAACCGGUGGUCUAAAAUUGCAGCUCGGCUUCCCGGAAGAACUGAUAACGAGAUAAAGAACCACUGGAACACGCACAUUAAGAAGAAGCUCAAAAAGAUGGGCAUAGACCCCGUCACUCACGAGCCCAUCUCCUCCCCACCACCUGAUCAUGAGCCCCACCACGACCAACUGGUUCAUGACCAGCUCCAGGGCCCUCCUCCCGAGGAGCCAAAUGGGGAGACACUGGAGAAGAGCACCACCACAAACACCACAACUAAUCAUGAAGGAACUGACCCACCACUCAACACUAAUUCCCCUGCUUUUAACACUGAUGAAGUGCCCAUGAUUCAACCCCAUGAGAUCAUAGCUCCCUCUGCACCACAUGCUGCUGCUGCUUCUUCUUCUUCUUCUUCUUCUUCCUCAUGUUCCAACUCUUCUUCUUCUUCUUCUUCUUUUUCUUCAGUUUUAUUCGCAUCUUUUGAUGAAAUGGUGGUCCCAUCCAUGGAGUGGGCAGAGCCAGUGUUGUUCCUGGGGCUUGAUGAUGUACUGGGGUGGGAGUUCUCUUGUGGUGAUGGUGGGGAAGAUUCUAGAGCUGUUUUUGAUCAGGAAGUUUGGAAAAUGGAGCUCUUCUGACAUGAAUUAGUCUCUAUAAUGCAGCUUUUGCUUUGAGAUCAUGUGACAAGAAUGAGAGUUCAUCUCUGUUCUUUCAAAGGUGAAAGAUGUAAUUAUCAAAUGGAUUAAUC